AUGCCUGACUUGCUUACUCUCUUGCUUGCUGCCUCCCUCACUCACUGCCUGCCUUGCUCACUGCCUACCUCACUAGCUAGCUCGCUCACUGACUUGCUCGCUCCCUUGCUCACUGCCUCCCUCACUAUCUCACUCACUAUCUCACUCACUAUCUCACUCACUAUCUCGCUCACUAUCUCACUCACUGCCUCACUUACUAUCUCACUCGCUGCCUCACUCGCUGCCUGCCUCCCUCGCUCACUGCCUCAGUCACUGACUCCCUUACUACCUAUCUUGCUGCCUACUUCUCUCCUGAAUGUGGUUAAUAUUAUAUCUCAUUCACUGCCUCCCUCACUGCCUACCUCGCUCACUACCUCCCUCACUGUCUUGCUCGCUGCCUCCCUCACUAUCUCACUCACUACCUCACUUACUACCUCCCUCACUGUCUUGCUCGCUGCCUUACUUACUAUCUCGCUCACUGUCUUGCUCACUGCCUCCCUCACUAUCUCACUCAAUGCCUCACUCACUAUCUCGCUCGCUGCCUCCCUCGCUGCCUGUCUCAUUGCCUGUCUUGCUGCCUGUCUUGCUGCCUGUCUUGCUGCCUCGCUCGCUGCCUGCCUCCCUCGCUCACUGCCUCAGUCACUGACUCCCUUACUCACUGCCUGCCUUACUUACUGCCUAGCUCGUUCACUACCUCCCUCACUGCCUACCUCACUCACUACCUCCCUCACUGUCUUGCUCGCUGCCUCCCUCACUAUCUCACUCACUACCUCACUUACUACCUCCCUCACUGUCUUGCUCGCUGCCUUACUUACUAUCUCGCUCACUGUCUUGCUCACUGCCUCCCUCACUAUCUCACUCAAUGCCUCACUCACUAUCUCGCUCACUGCCUCCCUCACUGCCUGUCUCAUUGCCUAUCUUGCUGCCUGUCUUGCUGCCUGUCUUACUGCCUCGCUCGCUGCCUGCCUCCCUCGCUCACUGCCUCAGUCACUGACUCCCUUACUCACUGCCUGCCUUACUUACUGCCUAGCUCGUUCACUACCUCCCUCACUGCCUUCCUUACUAGCUGGCUCGCUCCGUUGCUUGCUGCCUCCCUUACUCACUGCCUUGCUCGCUCACUGCCUGGCUCGCUCACUGCCUCCCUCGCUCACUGACUGGCUUGCUCACUGCCUGCCUCACUAG